GGGGAUUAUAGCAGGGUUUCGGCGUCAUUGGUGGCUGAUGCUGCUUGCCGUUCGUUGACCAGGAACAAGUUUCCAUUCCUAGCGAGUGAUCACGGCCCCUGUGAAUGGCAAAGGUGAAGGGCUACGCAAUCAGGAAAUAUUCCCAGACAUCGUCAUUUCGAUCAAGAAAAUAGCGCUUGUAAAGCCGAUAGGUAGCGAGUAGAUAUCUGCCCGAAAAAGACUAUAUAUUCAUGACAGGUUCGAACGAGAUGGAAAAUUUCUUUUACCUUUUUUCUGUCCAACAGCAAGUGAUCAAUACCAUUAAGGAACCUUCCCGCCAAUAAAUUAGUGUUCAAGAGAACCCCGAGAUAGAAGCCUAAAAAAACACCUUCCCACAAGCCAACCAUGGGUGCAAUAGUAUCAAUCUUUCACGCCAUUGGUGACUGCCUCAUGACCAUUGUCCAAGGCAUCGGAUCCAUCCUCACCGCAAUCAUCGGCGGUGUCGUGUCGAUAUUCAGCGCCAUCAUCUCCUGCUUAACCUGCGGCUGGUACUCGAGACGGCGGACACGCUCAACCGGCGGAGUUGGGCGUCGGCACCGCUGGGGCCGGAGACCUAUGCGCACUGUCUAAAUACACGCCUCACUCAGAGCGGGUGCUUUAAAUAAUUCCAAAAACGCAUCCCAUAUUCUAAAUAGGAGGAACACUCGCUCUGGACAUAUGUGCGGUAUAUGAUGUCGAUGAUAGAAGCGAAUUAGCCACGCGAUACCCAAUCCGGUCUUCUUGUUUCCGGUGAUUCUCCUCUGAAGUAUAUAUUUGAGCGAUGUCCAAUUCUUUGUGCCUAAAGUAGUAUGACCUCUGUACC